AGCACGACGUCUAGUGGCCCGAGACGAUGUCCGUCGUGCUCGACUCCCUUCCCCACCUCUCUUCCAGUUUGCCCGGACUGCUUCUACAUCACGCCAAUGCCAGAGUCGAUGACAUAUCAUGAAAUGCUUGGAACGCCGUACGAACCCAACCCAUUUGUGGUUGACCUCCGUCAACUCAAGAACCAGUUCCGAACGGUCCAAGGAAUUGUGCAUCCAGAUCGCUGGGUUGGCAAACCUCCGGAGCAUCAAGCAAUUGCAUCUGCGAUGUCUUCUCGCAUAAAUGAGGCUUUACAUCGCCUGUCUGAUCCCUUGAGAAGAGCUGAGUACAUCCUCGCCCGCGAAGGUCUCGCCGGUGAAGAGACAGAUAAGUUGGAAGAUAUGGAUCUCCUGAUGGAGGUGAUGGAGGCGCGGGAGGGUCUUGCUAGUGCGGAAUCUCAGGAAGAGGUCGAGGAAAUCCGGUCGCAAAAUCAAGCCAAGAUAGAGGAAGUACUGAAGGAGAUUGAGGACCUGGUCGCGGAGAAGAACUGGGACGCCCUUCGUACCGCAGCAGUCAAGCUCAAAUAUCUGCAAGGCAUACAGUCCGCUGCAGCAGCUUGG